CAGAAUUCCAACUCAAUCAUUACUUCUCUUUCUUCCACUCUCGUAUCACACUCAUUCAAUCAAUCAAUCAAUCCACCUUCACCUUACUGGUCAUAUUCUUUGGCUUUUCCCAGGCUCUUUCCCCUUUAUUACGCUGGUCUAUCGUGAUUAAUUAUAGUUUUACCACCAUCCCCCUUUGUUCCCAUUUAUUAACCGCUCAUUUACCAUUUCCAAUUGGAUUCUUAAUAAUACUUGGUAUUAAUGUUUAUUUGAUAUAAGAAGAACGCGUUAUGCCUCCAAAAAGAACAUCCAAAAGUAAAUUCAAUUAUAAAGACCUUGUAUUGGCUAAAAUGGCUGGAUUCCCAGCCUGGCCGUCAUUUAUAAUGCCUCCAGAUUUAAUUCCAUCAAGUAUCAUGAAGGUUAAAAAGAAAUCAACCGAGUUCUGUGUAAUAUUCAUACCGGAUGGCGAUUAUAAUUGGAUGAACGAAAAAAAUUUAGAAGCUUUAACCAUUGAAAAAUUGGAUAAAAAAUUAGAAAAAGUCCCCGAUAUGAAAAAAUCAAAACAAAAAUCAAAAAGCGGCCGUACCAAUCAUGUCACCGAUGCUCUAUUAGCCACCAAAGGAUUGGAAUUUGAUGAUUUCAUGGAUCAACUCGAUAAAAGAAAUAACGGUGAUGAAAUAGUCAAGGACGAAGACGACGAAGACGAAGAAGAAGAAGACGAGGAAGUGAAAAACGAAGAUGGAGAUGAAGAAGACGAAGAGGAUGAAGCAGAAGAAGUAAAGGAGGAAACCGAUGUCAAUAAAAUAAGGCCCAAGCGGAAAAAUAUAAAAAGAGAGGAAAAAGUAUCGGAAGCCGAUGACGAAGAUGAAUCAAAUCAAAAAAUCACUAGCAGACCAUCUAAUGGCAAUUCCAACGGGAAAAGAAUAAAAAGUGAACAUGAAGAAGAACCCCCGACCAAACGUACUAACGGACACCGAAGAAGUGUUUCCACGCCAUCCACAUCCUCCUCCUCCUCCUCCUCUUCUAAUAAAUCAAAAACCAUCACCGGAUCAAGUGCAAAACUGUUGACCGAAGAAGAAAAACAGCAUCAAUUAUGGCUCUGUCGAAUCAAAUUACAAAGAUCAUUGAUUCAAAGAAACCAACCGGUUACCCCAACUAAUUUAAAACAAUUCCCACCUCCAAGUAUUGACGAAUUAUCAGUGGCUAGAUUAAUACUACAUCGGCUUGUUGAAUUCCCAGUAAACAUUGAAUUAUUAAAACAAACCAAGAUUCAUAAAGUAUUAAAAUGUAUUUUGAAAGAUGAAGAAUUAGAAUAUCCCGAUAGUUUUAAAUUACAUGAAAAAUGUGAAGAAUUAUUAAAUAAAUGGAAUUCUUUAAUCGAUGCUUUGAAAUUAGAAAAAAUGGUUAAAUCAAAUAACUCUUCCUUGGAUACCAAAAAUGAUAUUGAUUUACAAAAAAAUAAUAAUUCAAGAUUAAGUAGUCAACCUCCUGAUGAACUGGAAAUAUCAGCAGUUGAAACAAACGGUACUCCUAAAAAAAGAAUAGAUAACGGUAAUCUAAUCGAACAAAGUCCUAUACUGAAUACAAAUGAUGUUCCAGUAGCUGCAUCAGUUGAAGGCUAAUCAAAAGUUGCAGUGCAACUACAUAAAGGGUACUUUCUAACCAAGCAAAAA